AUGGCCAUGCUGAGGUGUAGCAAACUGGCGUUGUCCUGCGGUGCACGGACGCCAGUACAACCAGCUGCGGGAGCUAUGAGCCACCUAUCACCUAUUACCACUGUCCAGCGAAGGUGCGAAGGGACGAGCGUCACGGAGCGCAAUCCGCUGCUGAAGCGCUUCUACACGUGGUUCGGCUCCUACGAGCCGACGACCGAUCUAGGCAACUACCCCCGCCUGCCCAGGGUGCACAUGAACGAACUGCCGACGUACGGAUGGCAGGACAACUACGAUAGGCGGAAUCUGAACACGAUCAUUCACGACGACUUUGACACGCUGACGGACUGGUCGUUCGACGUGUACGCGCCCGACCGUAUAACUCAUCUGGAGAGGUGGUACUAUCCGCUGAUGUACUGCGGCUCGAUCAUCGCCUUCUGGAUCGCCGUCUACCUGGGUAUGAAAUACUACAUGGAUACGUGCCCAGAGUCGGCGUACAUCCGCCGUUCUAUGGUGGCCAAGGAAUACCCGUACGGCAAUCUCUAUAUCGAGCGAGGAGGUGAUAUGCGUUACGAGGAUGGGUACUUUCCCAGCGGUCCCCACAUGCGCACGUCCGUCAUCUAUCUCUACUGA